UGUGUGUACAACACACACACACACACGCACAUACAUAUAUAUACAAGGCCGGCGUCCAUUGGACCACCUCCACACUAUUUCCUUGGCUGGUGCUGGGCGCAGAGACCUUUAGACUGCUUAGUCGUUGCUGCUCUGUGCUGUGGUGGUGGUGGUGGUGUUUGUUGUUGUUGUUGUUGUUUCCCCCUUUUUUUUAUUUCGCUGGCGGCCGAGGAACGAUUGCGAGCAAUCCAAAGUGAACCAUCCAAACAAACCAAAGGCAUUCGCCCAAUUUCUCUCUUUCUUGUUUAGAUUUUCAAGUCGGCAACGGCCGGUCUAGUCUACCCACAACAGCAAAGAGAGUGAGUGAAGAGCCUUCCUUCCUUCCUUCCUUCCUCCAAGUCCUAGUCGUUAGCGUCAAGGUACAUGUAUACAAGAGCUGGAUAUAGCCAACUGUGCCAAUUCAGUCUUCAGUCUGAGGCUGGCCACAACGGAUCAAAGCCCCACGACUUCCACCACCACCACCAUCGUCUCUCUUCCACGGGAAUUUUUCUUCUUUUUUGAUUAAAAUCCAAAGCAGGGUGGGUAAAGAAGAAGAAAUAAAAACGAACAAAUAAAUAAAAAAAAAUUCUCCGACGACAAUCAAAGUGAUUCCAAAAAAGUUUUUACACCAAAUAUUGACUCUCUCUCUCCCAACAGUUUGUCCAGGGUCUGUCUGUGUGUGCUGCUGUGUGUGUGUGUGUUUCUUUUUGUUUCUUAACGUGCGUGAUUGAAGAAAAAAGAAUAAGGAGAAAAAACCUAAAGUGCUUCGUCAAUCUUCUUCCCAUUUCUGUGUGGCUCCUUGUUAUUUACCAAAUAAAAUUAAAAUAAAAACCGCCCGGCUUUUAUUUCAAUUUUCGGCCCAGUUCACCUGUUCAAAUCGAAUUACGUCAAAGAAAGUUUCUUCCUCUUCAUCAGUCAAUCAGAUGACAACAAAUUUGGCCGGGGGAUAAAUUAUCGUUCCAGCUACUCCUUUCCGUCCGUCGAUCCUUUUUCAUUAAACCAAAAAGGGGAAAAAAGAUAAAAACAUUUAUUUUGGGGGUUUUAUUUGUGACUUUCUGAUGUGCUGGACGUGAAUGAAAAUGGCUUGUUGGGUGACAACUAGAACGACGUCCGUCGGAUCCUGCCCUACUACCAUCGACUCGACGCCGGGCCGAUCCUGUCUACUACACCAGCGACUCGCUCAUCAUUGCGACUGCUCCGAUUAAAAAAAGAAGAAGAAGAAAUUACAUUUCCGUAUCGCCGUUUCUCAUUUGUUUCUAACACAAAAAAGUCAAUUGACAGAAACCAAAAAAAAGGGACGGACAUUUCCUUGUCUCUUUCGUUUGUGAUUGGGUUCGAACUGCGUGACCCCCCAGCGGCCCCCCCUUGCCCGCGGGAGCACUGGAGACGGAACCAUUCCAUCCAUCAUCAAUGGUGUCGGCCCAGGUGCGGCUAGCCUUAACGGCCAUGCGCUACUAUCGGCUGUGGAUCUACGCGUCCAAUCUGGUCCUGAUGGCCGGCGUCGUCAUCUUCGCCUCGGUGGCGGCCGCCCUCCUCUCCGACCCGAGACGGCAGCUCCUGCCGCCGGCCGCCGUCAGCCCGCACCAGCCCAGCGUCGUCUACGCCUACGCGGCCCUCUUCCUCCAGGGCGCCGUCCUGCCCGUCGUCGGCUGCAUCGGGGCCCUGCGGCUCAGCGAGAAACUACUCAACUCCUACUGGAUCCUCCUGCUCGUCCUCCUGGCCGGCGACAUGAUCGUCGGACUCGUCUGGGUCUUCCGCUUCCAGAAACUCGUGGCCGGACUCGUGCCGGACCUCAAGACUCGGCUCAGUCUCGACUAUGGGCACGACGCUGAGUUCGACGCCGCCUGGGAUCUCCUCCAGCGAUCGGCCCGCUGCUGCGGAGUCGAAUCGCCGGCCGACUUCAACAAUUCCCUCUGGCUGGCCAAUUUGGCCGACCGGCCGGCCUGGCAGCCGUCGGGCCUGUCCAACAAUCGAGUCCAACUCACGUCCUCGUCCAGCAGCUCCACCCCGACCCAACACAACAAAGGCCAGGGCCGUCCGCUGAGGCCGUCACUGAUCAGGGACCAGCGAGUCAGUCGACUGCCGCUGCCGGACUCGUGCUGCAAGUCGGCCAGCUUCACCAGCGAGCAGCUGCGCAAAAACGGGCACUUUAUGUCGAUGGCCAGCGAAGUGCCGCCCGGCCGCAAGGAAGUCUACGGGACGGGCAAGCACCGCCAGCAGCUGAGGGACUACAACGAACGCUACCACGAGCGCAUGAUGCGCGAGCAGCUCCACCUCCAACAACAACAACAGCAGCUGGCCGGCAACCUGAGUCUGAGUCACCGGCCCCUCACCACCGUCCAGCAGCAGCCGCCACAACAACAACAAGGAUCGUCCCGCAUCCAAAGGCGAGUGACGACUCCUGCAUCCGCCCCGACGAUUCCAAUCAGUCCGUCGGCCGGCCACAAGAAAGAGUCCGUCAAUCGCCAACAACAACAGCAACAACAUCCCAACCAGCACCGACAUCGCGGGCUGACGCUGGACGAAAAAGAGACGGACGACGAGGACGGCCUGGAUGAAGACGAGGACGAGGAUUUCCUGUCGUCGUCGUUGUCGGUCGAGUGCGGUGGAGUUUGGCCCAGCGUGGGCGACGUCAGCGACGUCCACGAGUCCGGCUGCGGUGAAUUCGUUUCGUCGUGGCUGCACAUGACGGGCGACACGCUCUUCGUGCUGGGCUACUGCGUCCUGGCCUUCAUCAAGCUCUGCUUCCUGGCCAUCCUGCGCUACGAGCUCCGCGAAAUGGUGGCCAAGAUCAAGAUCCUGCAGAGUGAACAGGCCAUGAUGAACUCGUCGUCGGCGGCCGGAGCUGGGCCUGGCGGCGGAGGGCCGGGCAGCUCCAUGCCCUUCACCCACUGCGAGAUGAGCGGCAUCCGGGCCGUCAUGGCCAGGGGGACGACCAUCACUCCAGCCCUGGUGGCCACUGACGUCAACACGACUGGCAAUGACCAGCUGGACAACUUGAACGGACAGCAGCAGCAGCAGCAGGCCCAGCAGCACUUGCCCAACGGUGAAGUGUCAUCCGGCGGAGGAGUUCCGACGAAUACGACGACUGGGUUGAGCGUUUUGAAAAUGCCACGCCCUCGACGCCAGUCGAGUUUCUCUUCCGGCGAGUACCACCUCAUCAACCCGUUUGUCCAGCCACAACAGCCGCAACUGCAGCAGCAGGGCGAGGAGGAUGAAGAGGAGGAAGAUGAAGAGGAAGACAACGAGACGGACAAUGACCUCUUCAGUCCGCCCGACACGCCCAUUCAUCAGUCGCAGCAGCAGCAGCAGCAGCAGCAGCAACCACAUCGAACGGCCCAUCAAUUGCCGGCCAACAACGACAAUGGCGCCGAUUCAGAUUCGGGCAGUCAUUGCGCCCUCUUGCCGUCCAGCUGCAACAGCACCGGCCCGCCUCAGCGGCGGCUCAUUCACAAAGAAUGGGACCCGUUAGACACGACAACAGCCGGAACAACAACAACAACAGCAGGAGGAACUCAACCGGCCAGCACUCAGCAUCAGCAGCAGCAGCAGCAGCAGCAGUGCACCAGCAACUGGGUGCAGCCACUCCAGCAGCAGCAACAGCACGAGAAUGGGUGGCCAGGCCGGCCCAACGGCAACAACAACGAGUACCACGAGCUCCGCGAAAUAAAACAGACUCAGAUUUAGAAUAGAAAAAAUCAAAUCAAAUCGUUGGCCCGUCGAAACGAAUGAAAUCAAGAAGAAGAAGAAGAACAUUUCCAUCAAACAGUGCGACCAUGGCAACCGGGCCGAGAGUCAACAACAA